CAAGUGAUUAAAGUGACUGAAACUGAGAUAUCACCAGUGACUCAGUUUUCUUCAUGGGUUUGGAGUGGGUCUCGUUACUCUGGCUUACUGUGUAUGGCCUUGUCAUCGAUACUGUAUCUCAUCAUGGAGUUAGUUUCAGAUACUUUUUCUGUUCAGCCCAUUCCUUUGUUUGAGACCGCGUUCAUGAGAUGCACAAUUAUCUUGAUACUAUCAUACCUUUGGUUGAAAAGAACUGGACAACCAGUUUUUGGACCUGCGCAUGCCAGGAAGCUUUUGGUUUCCAGAGCCCUUGUGGGUUACCUUUCAUUGUUUAGUUUCAUCUUUAGCAUCCAAAUGUUGCCCUUGUCCCAAGCUAUUGUACUAAGCUUCUUGAAUCCAGUUAUGGCUUCCAUUGCAGCACGUGUUGUUCUGCAUGAGAAGUUGAAAAUCACUGAUAUUGGAGGUCUUGCUUGCAGUUUCUUUGGCGUGCUAUUUAUCUUUGGCCCAACACUAAGUGUCCAAGUUGGAUCAGAAGCAAAGAAUGAAAAUCUAAAAGGAAACCAUCAUAUUUAUGCGUUCUUGUUGGGCUUAUUUUCAUCAAUCACUGGAGGAAUCACUUAUUGUCUCAUAAAGGCAGCUGCUAAAGCAUCGGAACAGCCAGUGAUCACUGUCCUCUCGUUUGGUUUGGUAGCUUGCCCUGCUGCAGCAAUUUGCAUGUUUUCCUUGGAGAGCUUUGUCCUGCCAGCGUUUGACACAUUCAUUAGCAUGAUUGUACUAGGGUUACUGGCAUUUUGCGCAGAGGUACUUUUGGCACGUGGGCUUCAGCUUGAGAGAAUCAGCAAAGCUGCAAACAUAUUGUACAUCGAGGUGGUGUUAUCGCAGUUAUGGACAGUAAGCACGGGAAAAGCAGAAUCGUCAGGUUUGUUUAGCCGACUUGUUGGGUGUUUGCUCAUUAUCAUAUCAGUGAGCUACACGGUUUAUAUGGGACCUGCUAAAGAUACUGAGUAACCGAAUAGCAUAGCACUGUUCCAUUUACUAAAAGUGGAUUUUGUAUUUUUGGCUCGCUUCUUGUUUGGUGCAAUGCAAACCGCCCACCCUAGUUCCAAAUUUUUUGGGUAUCAAAUUUCAUUGAUUUUUAUUUGCCAAA